AUAGUAUAAUAAAAUUACCUCAAUUUCAUACUCUGCUUCAGUAUCUUCAAGGUCAACGAUACCACUAAACCAAAUCAUACAAAAAUCUCAAAAACCAAAUCGAAUCAGCCAAAUCCGUUUCUGGGUUUUCAUUUCCGCCCAUCAAUCUCAAAUGGGUCGGAAGCCAAAUGAUUCCGAACCCACUCGUUGUGCUACUAUGAUCCUUCUCUUGAUGGGUCUUUUUUCGUGUACUGUCGUGUACAUUUUCAUGUCGGCGGUGAUGAGACCCACCGGAAAUUCGGCUGUUGAGAGGUUGGCGGCGGAUGACGGUGAAUUUGGCGGCGGCGGCGGUGGUGGUGGAGUGGAGGGUGGUGGGUGUUGUAAUGGGAUCGAAAGUUUUGAGCUUUGGGGAGCUGCUGUGAAGUGGGGUUCUGAUUUUAAGGUUAAAAGUUCUAAGGAAUGCUGUGAAGCUUGUAAGGAUAUGUGUACUGGUAAUCACGGGCCUUGUCUUUGUGAUACAUGGGUUUUUUGUGGAGAUGAAAAAGCUUGUGGUGACAAAUUUGGUGAGUGCUGGUUGAAAAAGCAGAAAGAUACUUUGGCUCCUGACAAAAUGGAUGAGGGCGACAAAAAUAUGUGGACGUCUGGCAUAGUUUUCGGGAAAGGAGAGGGAAUUGUCGCAUUGGAAACAAAAUUUGGUGCUAUUCACGUUAAGCUUUUGCCAGAAUGUUCCCCACACUCUGUUUUUAAUAUUCUGGAGUUGUUGAGGUUUCGACACUGUGCUGGUUGCCAAUUUUUUCGUGCGGAAACUCGCGGACAAGUUUGGGAUGCACGUGGAGAUCACAUAAAAGAUGCAUCUUUUGGCCCUCCAUAUGGUUUGUUACAAGGAACUCUUGGUGCUGAAGGAAUACCAUUGGAGACAGUUCCCAGUGAAUUCUGUCCUGAAAUAAGACGGGGUUCAGUUGCAUGGGUUGGUUCUGGCCCUGAAUUCUUUAUAAGCUUAGCAAACCAUCAAGAAUGGAAAAACGCGUACACUGUUUUUGGCUAUGUGCUGCCGGAGGACAUGGAAAUCGUAGAGAAAAUAGCUCAGCUCCCCACGAAAUCAGAUAUCUGGACCGGAGUUAACGUGACAAUCUUGGAGAACCCUGUACCUUUGAAUGUACGACGAAUCAAGUCCAGCAAUGAUGAUCUGAACCUCAGUAGUUAGCACUUAAGGAUCUGUAUGAUUUGCAAAUUAGCACAAUACUGCUACUUUGUAUAUUGAAAUUAUAGUUUUGAAACUGUUCUAUGCACACUUCUAUACCCAUGUUGUAAUCAA